AUGCGUGUCACGGGAGAAAGUCCAGAAUCCGAUGUAGAAUCUGAGAAGUCUACAGAAGUAAUACCUCAUAGGCUUCAAGUACCUGACUCAGUGAAGACAGUGAUAUGUAAAAUAGAAGAGUCUCAGCUAACUCGAGCCAAAGAGGACAUGAGAAUACAGCUUGACGACAUAAUGUUGCAAGUGAAUCGGAUCAUAAAUCGCUACCAAGGAGAUAUUGAACUGAAUGCAUUCAGAAAAAAGAAAGACUCCUCCUUUAUAGAAAAAGAUUUCAAAAAGUAUCGAAUCAGCACAUUGGAACAAAUAUCCCAGAGUAUGCAGGCUGCUGAUGUUAAGGAAAGAAUUCUAGCUGAACUUCUAGCCUGGUUGGAAGACUGGCAUUCCAUUUUGACUGAAGCAACCAUCAGUGAAGAAGAUGAAAAAGAUUACUACAAAUGGAUAUCAACCAUGGAAGCUUUGCCAAAUGCCCUCAGUGCUGCUGAGCUCAACGUCAAUUCACUGAUUGCCUUUAGCAUUUAUUUCUUAAAAGACAAGAAAAGAUACAAGAAAAGAUUAGCAUCCAAAGGUACCAUGUGGAAAGCCUGGAGAGAAAAGGUUUUACGGAAACCUGCUGCAGGAAAUCCUUUGAAACCAGAGCAAAUGAUCAAGGAAGAAGUUCUGACAAGCAACAAAGUUUCUGAAAUCCUUGGCAUGCUGCAGGAGCUCAUCAGCUCUAACAUGUUCAACAAAGCUGAAAAUAAUGCUAUUAAAUACAUAUCCUCAACUGCAGCAAACCUUCACAAGGCUUUGGGGUUCCAGAAUCAAGAGAUUAAAAAUCUGAUUUUCCAAUGUACCACCAUGGGAUCAGAAAUAAAAGAGUAUUAUGGGCUGGAGAAACAGACCUUUCAGCGGACAAUACAAAUCCUCAGUGAUAAAAAUGAGGCACUUGAGAAGGAAUUGCAAAAUCAAGAAGAAAAAUGCAUGGAACUUCUUCAGGCUAAAGCAAAUUUAGAACACCAGCUGAGUUUGGCCAAUGCAGAAGCAAACUUACCUUCUGAGGAAACUAUUAGAAAAAGAAGGAUUAUGCUACUAAAAGUACAGGAAAAAAUCAAGCAGGACUUUGAAGACGAGCCAGUCUCAUCUGCAGAAUCUUCACAGUUAGAGCUGCCCUCAGUUUCAGAAUACCUGGAAGUCCCCAAGAGAGAGCCUUCAGGCAGAAGAUUGGCCAGAGGUACUGCUGUUAAAUGGGACCUAAGCAAAAUCAAGGUUGAUUCAGCUUCAGAUAGUAAAUCUUCCUCAUUGCCAAUGUCCCCUACCAGUUCUGGGAAACCCCCCAUAAGAUCUUCAAAAGAUACCCCUGAAGAUCGUUCUAGAACUCCUUCCCUUGAGGGGAUAUCUCCAACAAGUGUCCCAAUGGAUCGUACUAAGCUACAGAUCCCCAAAGAGAAAAUGAAAGGAAGUCCAGAGACAGUAACUGAAUUAAAACCUCAGGAAAGCAGGAGGGAAUAUGGUCUUUUGACAGAUAUUCCUAAAGUGGACAGACGCCAGGAGCUGCAGCGCUUUCAGCCACCAGAGAGAAAGAAGUACAAGGAAAUCCAGUCCCCUCAGGAGGAUGAAGUGGGAAGUGUAACCAGACUUGGUGAGUCACAAGCUGAGAGAAAAAGGCAAAAGGAAAGCCCACCAAAGGAAAGCGCACUGGUUCGUGAGGAAGUAUCGAAGACCAUGGAAUCACCCUCAUUUGAAGUGGUUGACAAAGAGGAAGGUGGUAAACUUGACCAGGCUGUUAAGCAAAAGGUGACCAGAAAGGGAAAGGGCAAAAAGGAAAAGACUGUGCUAGAAGUUUCCCCAAGUGAAGAGCAGCAAGUCAUGCAGGACUAUCAGAAAUCCAUUGUGUCUUUCCUGCAACAGAAGAUUGACAGCCUAGGGAAAGCUGACUUCAAGAUGGAAUUUAAGGAAGAGGUACAGUCAAAGAACCCAGAGGUUCAAAAGUCAUUAAAAACAGUAAGGGAGAAGAUGGAGGAAUAUUUCCAAAAAAUGGUUGAGACUCUGACUAAUACCUUGAAGAAAUACAGAGAAAAAAAAGAGAAGCCUGGAGAGCCUGCUAAGCCGUCAAAAAAAGGCUCUGGACCUCCACCUCCUUCACUUUUGAACUUAAGUGAGAAAAUGGACCCGACCUUGUACAACAUGCUCAAAGUGCUUUUGUCUCAAGCCGACACCAUAAAGGAAGAAACAGGAGAGAGAGGGGGAAGGGCUCGACGUGAACACAAGGAGGAGCAGGAAGACAAACAGGACACUGAAUCGGUGGAUGGCCAAACUUUUCCGAAGAAUCAAGGCAUGCAGUUCAUAAAACAAUUGCAGGAAGAGAGACGCCUCUGGAAGGAGACCCAAGAACAGAUACAAAGAAAAUUACAGGAAGAGAAUGCGUGGUUCAAGAGACAGGAUGAAAAGAGGAGAUGGGAGCUGAAGCAAAGGCAGUGGCAGGCAGAGGAGGAGCUGUGGUUGGAAAUGCAGCAGCAGUGGUGGCAGCAGGAGAGAGAGCAUGAGGAAAAGCGGAAGCAGUGGGCCAUUGAAGCAGCUCAGCAUAAAAUGCUGGAUCCCCAGGAGCUGGAACGAUGGAAGGAGCAAAUAGCCCAAAAAUAUCAAGAACAGGUAGAAAUUCAACUGCAGGAAAUGCGGAAGCAAGAGGAGGAGCUUCGAAGGCUGUACCCGGAGAAGUUCAAAGAGUGGAGAAAAGUUUCGCAACAAAUGGACCAAAAGCAGCUGGCUGAGAGACUGUCACAACACUGGGGGCCACAGACCCAGGACACCCUGACACAGCGAUCCCUGGUAGCUCCGAUGGGUGAGUUCCCUUCAAAGAUGAUGAUGCCAGGUGUCAAGGAUGAGGUGACUCCAGGACAAGACAUGUCAGGUAUAAGAGGAGCCUAUCUUCCUGGGCAGGAGGUUCCACUAUUAGAGCCUCAACCAGGGGCUGCCCCUGGGGAAAGGCCAGUGUCCACAGCUGUCUCUCAGGAAAUCCCAAUAUCAGGGGCCCCUAUGGAGACCCGGGAAGGCCCAGUACCAUGGGGCCUUCCUAUGCCUGGGGAAACCAUCAUAUCAGGGUACCCUGCAACCUCUGGGGAAACUCCUAUGUCAGGGCUUUCUUCAGUCCUCAGGGAGACCCCAACAUUGCAGGCACCUGUUGCCCCUGGGGAAAUUACCAGAGGGUGGAUAUCUGCUGCUCCUGGGCAGCCCCCAACAUUGAGACCACUUUUAACCACUGGGCAGCCUGGGGAACCUUUGCCAUCCAGGCUCCCUGCCAUUCCUGAUGAGACCACAUUAUUGGGCCCUGCUGCCCCUGGGGCUGCUUCCCUUUUGGGGCCACUCCCCGAAAUGGAGGUGCCUGUUGCCCCCAUUGGGCAACCCCAAAUGUCAUGGGCCCCUACAGCCACUGGGCAGCUCCAAACAUCAUGGGCCCCUAUAGCCACUGAGCAACCCAAAAUGUCAUGGGCCCCUGAAGUAUCUGGGCAACUUCAAAUUUCAUGGGGUCCUAAAGCCCCUGGGGAGCCCCAAAUGUCAUGGGCCCCUGCAGUAUCUGGGCAACCCCAGUCCUCAUGGGCCCCUGGGCAGCCCCAAGUAUCAUGGAUUACCAAGGAACCUCAACAGGUCUCUCCAACCCCUGUGGCCCUUGGGCAACCCCAAAUAUCAGAGUGGCCUACUACUUCUGGGCAGUUCCAAGCUUCAUGGGAUUCUAGACAGCCCCUUCCACCUGUGGCCCUUGCUGCCCCUGGGGAGCCCCCCAUACCUGUGGCCCUUGCUGCCCCUGGGGAGCCCCCACCACCUGUGGCCCUUGCUGCCCCUGGGGAGCCCCCACCACCUGUGGCCCUUGCUGCCCCUGGGGAGCCCCUACCACCUGUGGCCUUUGCUGCCCCUGGGGAGCCCCCACCAUCUGUGGCCCUUGCUGCCCCUGGGGUACCACCCUCACCUGUGGCCCUUGCUGACCUUGGGGAGCCCCCUACACCUGUGGCCCUUGCUACCCCUGGACUGCCCCCCAUACCUAUAGGUCCUGCUGUCCCAGGACAGGCCCCCACACCUGUGGUCUUUGCUGCCCCUGGAUUGCCCCCUAUACCUGUAGGUCCUGCUGUCCCAGGACAGCCCCCCACACCUGUGGUCUUUGCUGCCCCUGGAUUGCCCCCGAUACCUGUAGGUCCUGCUGUCCCAGGACAGCCCCCCACACCUGUGGUCUUUGCUGCCCCUGGAUUGCCCCCGAUACCUGUAGGUUCUGCUGUCCCAGGACAGCCCCCCACACCUGUGGUCUUUGCUGCCCCUGGAUUGCCCCCGAUACCUGUAGGUCCUGCUGUCCCAGGACAGCCCCCCACACCUGUGGCCCUUGCUGCCCCUGGACUGCCCCCGUUACCAGUAGGUCCUGCUGUCCCAGGACAGCCCCCCACACCUGUGGCCCUUGCUACCCCUGGACUGCCCCCUAUACCUGUAGGUCCUGCUGUCCCAGGACAGGCCCCCACACCUGUGGUCUUUGCUGCCCCUGGAUUGCCCCCUAUACCUGUAGGUCCUGCUGUCCCAGGACAGCCCCCCACACCUCCCCCCAUACCUGUGGUCUUUGCUGCUCCUGGACAGCCCCCUACAGCUGUGGCUUCUGCUGUCCCAGGACAGCACCCCACCCCUGUGGCCCCUGCUGUCCCUGGACAGCCCCUGACAUUGUGGUACCCUCCUGCCCCUGAAGAAACAUAUGUGCCACAGUUUACUCCUUCCCCUGGACAGAUACUAGUCCCACCUGGCCAACAGCCACUCAAGUCAUUGGUCCCUGACAGCCGUAGGCAGUCCCUAACACAGCCACUUUCUACCCUUGAGAAACUCGGCACAGAAUUGGCCCCUCCUACAUCUUUGAAGUCAUUUCUUGGUCCUCCUUCUGCUCCAAAGUUUGAGAUGCAACAGUUCCCUCCUACUUCUGGAAAGCUCCCAACAGAAUGGUCCCCAGGAGUCUUCAAGAGUACUCAGCCUUAUACCCCAGAGGAAGAGACUGGCUACAAGGCCCUAUCACCUCAACCACCUUUCAUUGCUGAACAUUCUUUUCCUGCUGUCAAGUUUUCAAAAUCACUACCUCCUCCCUCUACUCAGUUUCUCCAAGUAUCACAGUUCCUGUCUUCUGCUCAUGUAACCCCGGAAGUCUAUCUCCCUCCCAUAGAUAACAAACUCCUGAAGUCAUCCUCUCUUAUAGUAAGUGAGAAAUCCAAGAUGACAGUGCCCCCUUCCUCUCCUGGAGAUUUCUUUGUAUCUGCUCCUCCUCCUGAGGAAAAUCGAUACUUCAUUGAUGUUCGAGGUCAAAGGAAGAACCUGGUAAUCCUUGGCCGGGCAGUGGAAGGUCUUCAGUUGCCUUUGGUGCUGCAUCAAGCAGCUAAAGAACUCGUAAAUGAGACACAUUAUUUGAACUUAAUCAGGCUGGGAUACCUGUUCCGAAAGUACAUUGCCUAUAGGCUGAUCCAGAGUGCCAGGCAAAACAUAACCAAUCGAAUAAAAGCUAUCAGGAAUUCUGGAAAGGGCUAUGAAACCCAGAUCCUUUACCUGUUUUUGAGUAGAAUUGAUGCCUAUCAGAAAAAAGUGAUGGAGGCAUGGACAACGAAGCAAAGGAUUGUGGAACAGAGACGCAUUAUCUGCACAACAAAGAUGAUAAACUUUUAUGGCCAGAUCCAAAUGAAAUUUAACAUUAAACUUAGUUGUCCAGUACCCUUGGUCAUCCACAAAAAGGAGUUAGACCAUCCUUUGAAAGCUGUCUGCUUCAAACAUGUGGUCCAAUGGCCACUCCCAGAGAAGAUGGAAAAGAAAAAAGAAUUUGAAAUAUUCAAGAAACUUGAGAAACAGAAGGACAAGGUAGAGGCCAUUUGGCAAGCUGAUUUGUCCACCUCCAGUUUCCCAAUAGAAGAAAAGACACCUAUGAAAUUACUCUGGGAUCAGGUUGGUGGGUAUCCAGAUAUUCCCAAACUGCUGGAAUUAGAUGUCCGUUCUACCCUCAGCAAAGCUCUUGCAUCUAUUCAAUCAAGACUAUAUUAAAAGAGACACGCUGUCCAGAACAAGAGAGGUCCUAUCAUCACUUGCUCUUAG